AUGAAAGCCGCUACCGCAACGCUCCUGGCUGCUGCCUCUUUGACAGGUGCACAGCUAGCCACCAUCUCCGAGCCCUCGAUUUCUGAGAUCAACCAGGCGGCGGCCACCACGCUCUCCGAGUCUCCUACCUCUGAUGUGAAGGGUGUGGCUUUUGAUCGUUUCUACCAGGUCUGGCUGGAAAACACCGAUUAUGAUGAUGUAGAGAAAGAUGCCAACAUGCAGUGGCUGGCCUCUCAGGGUAUCCUGCUGACCAACUAUUAUGCUGUGACCCACCCGUCUGAGCCCAACUACUGUGCUGCGGCUGGUGGUGAUACAUUUGGCAUGGAUAAUGACAAAUUCCAACAAAUUCCGGCCAAUGUGUCCACCAUCGCUGAUCUACUCGACACCAAGGCCAUCUCGUGGGCCGAGUAUCAGGAGCACAUGCCGUAUCCUGGCUUCCAGGGCUUCAACUACUCCAACCAGAAAACCUACCACAAUGAUUAUGUGCGCAAGCACAAUCCUCUGAUUCUGUAUGACUCGAUUGCACAGAACGAGACUCGUGCUCGACAAAUCAAGAAUUUCACCGACUUCGACCAUGACCUGUCCGACCAGAAGCUCCCGCAGUGGGCCUUCAUUACUCCUAACAUGACCAACGAUGCUCACGACACCAACAUCACGUUCGCCGGCAAGUGGGAGCGUAGCUGGAUGUCCUCACUGCUGAAGAAUGAUUACUUCAUGAAGAACUCGCUCAUUCUUCUGACCUUUGACGAGGAUGAUACUUACAACAAGACAAACCGUGUUUUCAGUGUUCUCGUCGGCGGUGCGGUUCCUGACCACCUCAAGGGAACUAAGGACGACACUUUUUACACCCACUACUCAACCAUUGCGUCUGUCAGUGCCAACUGGGGUCUGCCUUCCCUCGGUCGCUGGGAUUGCGGUGCCAACAUUUUUGAGAUCGUCGCCAACAAGACCGGCUACGCCAACUAUGAGGUCGACAUUACCAACCUGCGUCUCAAUGAGACCUACCCUGGCCCGCUAUCGGCUGGGGAGAUUUCUAAAUACUCUGCAGUCUGGCCCGUUCCUUUGACUGAUGGCAAGUGCUCAGCCGGUCACGGUGUCUUGGAUCUUGUCAAGAAAACCUUUGCUGGACAGUCCGCUACUUACAACUACUCCGCACCCUACCCUUGGGAUGCGAAGUCUGACUACAACACAAAGGUCACUGUGACACGAACCAACUCCACAAACACAUCGGCUUCGUCGACUUCCGGGUUGGCGUCUUCGACUCCCAGUCUUCCGGCCAACGGUGCUGGUGCAGGCGCCGUUAUUUCGGGCCCUGUCAUUGUGGCGGGGGCUUUGGCGGCUUGCCUGGCGUGCCUUUUGUAA